AAAUUGGAAACAACAACUAUAUCUUAUACUGAAGAACGACAAGAAAUUAAAAACAGUUUAUUAUAUAAAGAAUUCAAUAAACCAAAAAAGAAUAAAGAUCUUGAAGACUUUGACAAGUAUUUGAUUGUCUUAGAAGCAAUAACACUUGCAGAACAAAAACCAGAAGACUUUGAACAUAGAUACUGGUUGAACAAUCUAAUACAAAAACAAUUGCGAAGCGGAUUGGAAUUAACACCGUACUAUAACUUAAGAAAUUUUAAAGCAAUUCGGUUAACCACAGAGAAAACUGAAGAUGUCAAAAGAGAAAUAAACCAAAAACUCCAGGAAAUAAAACAAAAAUAUUAUCCAGAACAAUUGGAGAA